CAGGAAUGUUAAAGAGCUGAAAGAAUUUAAUGUAAGUAUCCAUAAUAACGGCGGCCACAAGGGAAAGGGAGUUAAUGGAGGAGGAGAUGUUGUCCAUCCUCGUCACAAAAAGGGUGCAGCUAAUUCUUUGCUUCCCAAAUCUUCUCCUCUUUCAUCCCUGCUUAGACAUGCUUCCACACUUGGCUUGCUUAUCUUUCUAUUCUUCUUUUGAUAUUUGCUUUGCUUAACUAGAGAAAGCAAACCAGGCUUGUGUAGCUAGUUCUACAAAACCUGGCAAUUCAUUAUUAAUGUAUUUAGUCUGUCAUGAGUUAAAAAAAAAGUUUAAUGAUUAUUAGGUCAAAAUUUAGGAUGAAAUUUUAAAACAAAAUUAUUUGAAUUAUUGAUUAUGUGGGUUCAUAUGUGGCCUACAUUAUAAUUAAUAAUAAGCAUAAAUCUGUUAUAAAAUUUGAUCCUAAAAAUUAGUCGUAACUAUCAUUAUUAAAAAAGGAUUAACUCAUGAAUGGUGGUGCUUGCAACGUCAGAUACUUGCCAAAGCAAUUUAUGAAGCAAUUGAGGUAUACAAAUUAAAUGUCCAAGAAACAAAGGUUUGGUCAGUAAUAUCUGAAGUGUGCAAGUUUCAGGCAAGUUGGAUUGGUACAAUCUAAGCUAAUGCAUGAUUUGUAGCAUUGUUAUUGUGAUGUAUAUGGACUGUUUAUGGAAUGUAAGACAAGGUAAGAGUUGGAAUACCAUUUUUUUUUUUUUCUUGAAAAUAAGCAAUGAAGUGAGGGUUGGAAU